AUGGUUUGGAUCACAUCCGUUGCCAAGAUGUUGCUCUAUAGACUUCUCCUGUGUUUUUCAGCAGCGGGAAUUGGUUUCGCACAGCCCGACAGCUCUGGAUUAUUUUACGCACUGAGAUCCGAAUUGUCAGAGGAUGCGAUCUUAGUGGCCAACAACGGAAUACGCGUGCCUUUCGGGAGGUCGGUCUUCGUCGAUCCCAUUAACGAUCUGGUCAUUCAAACUCAGCCGGGGGAUCGAUGCAGCAUCACCGUCCUGGAUAACGACCCGCUCGCACAGAGACCGGGGCAUCUCUCUCCCAAGAAGUUUCCGUGUGAUUUCGGUCCCAAUGAUGUGACGUACUCCCACUAUGGGUCCCGGAGCCCAGCUAGAGACAGAGUGAGGUUGCAGCUCAGGUACGACGCGCAAACCGAAACCGUUAUCAUCCCGUUUAUGAUGGAGGUGGAAGUAGUUUUUACGCAGCUAGAGCUACUCACCAAAAACAUGCCUCUCACUGUUGAUAAUCUCAAGGGGACCAGUAAUCCCAUCGAUAAGAAGACUUUAGAGUUUACCUACGAUAGAGACUCUCACAAAUGCGAGGUGGCAUCCCUGUCUAGCGGCAGCGCUCUGCCGAGAUAUGGAAGACUCAUCGACGGGGGUAAACUUUCCAAAAUGAUGGACUGUGACGAAUUCACUCAAACUGACAUCCGCUAUGAGCACACGUCUGACCGCAAGUCUCCCAACAGGGAUUAUGUUCCCAUGGUUGUGGAGCUGCAUGACAAGGAAGGCAACCUAGUGAAACAGGAGUAUUUCCAUCUCAUGAUUCGCAUCAAGGAGGGAGAAGAAAACACCCCCCCCAAACCCAGCUUUGUGUCCAUGAUGAUGAUGGAGGUCAGCCAGUUUGUCAUGACUGCCCUCACCCCUGAUAUGCUCGCUGCAGAAGAUGCAGAGUCGGACCCAGAUGAGCUUAUUUUCAACAUCACCUCUCCCUUAUCUUAUGAGGAGGGCUACAUUGUCAGCACUGAUGACAGAAACCUCCCCAUCACAUCCUUCUACCAGAGAGACUUGCGUGAUCUGAAAAUAGCUUACAAGCCCCCUUCCCUGGACUCAGACACUGAGAGGAUUUUUCAGCUCGAGUUCGAGGUGGUAGACACAGACGGGGCCGUCUCAGACCCCUUUGCGUUUAUGAUCGUUGUGAAGCCGAUGAAUUCUUUGGCCCCUGUUGUGACACGUAACACGGGUCAGCUGCUGUACGAGGGGCAGUCUCGGCCUCUCUUCAGCGACCACAACUUGGAGAUCAGCGAUGAAGACAACCUCGACGCUGUCACCAUCACGGUGGUGGAUGGGCUGCGCCACGGAGACCUCAUGGUGCUGGGCUCUCACAGGAAAUUCUUCACACCUGCUGACCUCACGACAGGAGCUGUUGUGUACCAGCACGAUGGGAGUGACACAUACAGCGACAACAUUGUCUACAAGAUGACGGACGGGAAAAACGAAGUAGAAUUCCUUUUCCCCAUUACAAUCGUUCCCACUGAUGACGAGCCACCAAUUAUAAAUGCCAACACUGGCCUGGUGCUAUUCAAAAACCAGAUGAUGCCUAUAUCUCCCCUCAUGCUCAGUGCUGCCGAUAUUGACUCCGAGGACUCAACUAUUAAAUUCACUAUUGUCCCUCCCUUUUCUACAAUUGGCACAGUGCUCCUAAGGCAGUCAGACGCCCCUGAGGAUCCCUCCUCUUGGAAGUUCAACGGUGAAGAUGAAGUAUAUGAGAAGGAGGUGACAGAGUGGCUUCAGAAAGAUAUCACUGAUGGAAAGUUGUUUUACAAGCACACAGGCCCUCACAACACAGAUACCAUCAUGGAUCAGUUUGUGUUCACAGUUCAGGAUGACAAUGACCCCCCAAAUGAGUCAGGAGAGAGUGCAUUUAUAAUUCGGGUUUUGCCUAUCGAUGAUGUACCCCCUGAGCUGUUCCCCGGCACCACCCUGCAGAUGACAGUUCAGGAGUACAAGCUCACUCACUUUAGCAAAGAAGUUUUGCGCUACACCGAUUUGGACUCUGAGGACCGUGACCUCAAAUACAUAGUUAUCCAGCCCCCGACAGAUACAGAUGAAAAUAACCCGGUUGUGUUCGGUUCUUUGGUGCUGACAGACAGCCCGGACACUGAGGUCACAGAGUUCACACAAGCUCAAGUUAACCAUCAUAAGAUAUCCUUCGGCCCCCCGAAUGUUGAGCUUGGAAUCACAGCCCACGUUGUGCAGUUUCGUUACACUGUUGAAGACACAGCUGGGAACAGUGUAGAAGGGGCUUUCACUAUCUACCUCCAGCCCGUCAACAAUAAACCCCCUCAGAUUACAAACACUGGCUUUACUGUGUUUGAACGCGGCAUGCACAUCAUCACCAUUGCUGAGCUAGACGCCACAGACCUUGACACAGAGAGUCAACAGAUUACAUUUACUCUAAGCCAGCCCCCUAAACAUGGCCAGGUCCAGGCUGCAUUCACUGACCUAGAGAAAAAGGGGGUUUUCAGACUUGAGGAUAUCUCAGAGGGGAAGAUAUCAUAUAUUCAUGGUGGGGAGGAGACGCUGAGUGAUGAAUUUCAGCUGGAUGUGAGCGAUGGGUUCCAUGUUGUAACCGUGACGGUCAAAGUUAAUGUAAAGCCUGUCGAUGAUGAAACGCCAACUGUCAGCCUACCUGAGGGAACAAUUGGGUCUCAUAUGGAUGUGCUGGAAAACGGAGCCACAGAAAUCACAACUAAUGUCAUUCAAGGCCAUGAUGAUGACACAGAUGACCUCCAGCUGACCUUUAUUGUGGAGGAUCCUCCAGUUAUGGGUGAAAUACUGGUUAAAGGAGUGCCUGCUACUAGGUUUACACAGGCUGAUAUUAUCAAUGGUGUAGUUGUGUACGCACACAUCGGUGGCGAGAUAGGUCUGACCUCUCAGCAGGAUGGCUUCAAUUUGACUCUUACAGACAUGUCCGAUGAUUGGACAGUAGGUGGCAAUAAGGUCAACGGAGUCCAUGUACGAGUAACUAUCCUUCCUGUUGACAGCCAGGCCCCCGAGGUUGGUGUUGGGAUUCAAUUCAGUGUCAUUGAAGGGGAGAAAUACGCCAUCGGCCCUCAGCACUUGGAUGCUGAUGAUAAUGACACUCCAACAGAUGAAAUCCUUUGCACCAUCAUCGUCCAGCCCACUGCUGGCUAUGUGGAAAAUAUAUCGCCUGCCCCAGGCUCAGAAAAGUCCAGGUCAGGAACAGCUAUCACUGCUUUUACCAUCAGAGACAUAAAGGAAGGGAAUAUCUACUAUGUGCAGAGCAUUCACAAAGGGGUAGAGCCAUUGGAGGACAGGUUCACAUUUAGGUGCUCUGAUGGCAUCAAUUUCUCAGAGAACCAUUUCUUCCCAAUAGUUAUCAUCCCUGCAAAUGAUGAAAAGCCAGAGAUUUAUUUGAGGGAAAUAGUCGUGAUGGAGGGGAUGAACAUCAUCAUUGACACCCCGAUUCUGAAUGGGGCUGAUGCCGAUAUUCCACCUGAGGAGCUGAUGUUCAUCAUUUCCAAACCCCCCAAACACGGUGCCAUUUUAAACCAGCUACCCACAGGCUCAGUUCUGGUGACUAAUUUCACUUUAGAGCAGAUCAGGGAGGCAUCAAGUAUUAUUUAUGAGCAUGAUGACUCAGAGACAACAGAAGACAGCUUUGAUGUAAUUCUGUCGGAUGGAAAAUACUCUGUGCAGAAAACAGCCAUGGUUAUGAUCGUUGCUGUUGAUGACGAGACACCCCGAAUGCUUAUCAACGAUGGUCUGGAGGUGGAAAUUGGCGAAACCAAAGAGAUCAACAACAAAGUGCUCAAAGCGACAGAUCUAGAUUCAGAUGACAGUACGCUCACAUAUAUCAUUCGGUUUGGGCCUAGUCAGGGUCUCCUGCAGAGGAAAACUCCAUACGGGUCUCUGGAGAACAUCACCCUCGGCAUGAAUUUCACACAAGCUGAACUCGACGAAGGGCUUAUAGUUUACACACACAACGGACAGGAAGGCAUCCGAGACUUGGUCAAAUUUGAUGUCACAGAUGGAAUGAACCCACUAAUUGAUCGCUACUUCUACAUCACUGUGGGCAGCAUCGACAUGGUCUUCCCCGAUGUCGUCAGUAAAGGCGUGUCUCUGAGGGAAGGUGGCAGAGUGACUUUGACCACAGAUCUUCUCAGCACUACCGACCUCAACAGCCCUGAUGAGAACUUGGUCUUUACUGUCACAAGGGCUCCCAUCAGGGGCCACUUGGAGUGUACAGAUACCCCUGGGAUGCCCAUUGUGUCUUUUACUCAAAUGCAACUGGCUGGCAGUAAGAUUUACUACAUCCAUACCUCUGAUGAUGAGGUGAAAAUGGACAGUUUUGAGUUUGAAGUCACUGAUGGCUACAAUCCUAUAUUCAGAACAUUCAGAAUCUCUAUUGUGGAUGUUGACAAUAAGAAACCUGUUGUGACUGUAAAUAGUCUCGUCGUCACAGAAGGGCAGAUUAAGCUGAUUACACCAUUUGAACUCACUGCUGAGGACCAGGACACAGCUGAGAAGCUGCUGAAAUUCACCGUCACCCAGUUGCCUGUUCAUGGUAAACUCCUCUACAACCAGUCCACACAUGUCACCAGCUUCACGAAACAAGACCUAAAUGAAAACCUCAUCAGCUACAAACACGAUGGCACAGAAUCAUCAGAGGACUCCUUCUCCUUUACUGUCACUGAUGGCACACACACUGACUUCUAUGUUUUCCCCGACACUGUUUUUGAGACUCGGCACCCUCAAACCAUGAAGAUCACUAUUGUGGCAAUAGACAACGGCAUCCCCCAGAUUGUGUUGAAUAAAGGUGCUCCCACUUUGAAGAUCUUGGCCACAGGUCACCUGGGGUUCCCCAUCAGCUCCAAAGUGCUGAGGGCAGAGGACAGAGACAGCAGCCCGGCCUCUCUGGUGUUCCACAUCACCACCCAGCCCAAACAUGGUUACAUCAUUAACCUGGGACACGGAAACAACUCCAUCAACACAUUUAGUCAAGCUGACAUUGAUGACCUGAACAUCUGCUAUGUGUUGCGGAAUGAGGAAAAUGCUACAUCUGAUCUUUUCCAUUUCUCUGUUGAGGAUAACGGGGGUAACAAGCUAAAGGGACAGCAGUUCCGUCUGGAUUGGGCCUGGAUGUCUCUGGAGAAAGAGUAUUAUGUUGUGGACGAGGAGGACAAGUUCCUGGAGGUGGUGCUCAGACGGAGAGGCUAUCUGGGAGAGACUUCUUUCAUCGGCAUCGGCACUCAGGAUGGCAGUGCAAAGAAGGAGGAGGACUUCAAGGGUAAGUCCCAGAGGCAGGUCCAGUUCAACCCGGGACAGACCAGAGCCACGUGGCGGGUUCGGAUCCUGACUGAUGGGAAGUAUGAACAGGCGGAGUCCUUCCAGAUUUUGCUAUCGGAACCGGUGAUGGGAGUGAUGGAGUUCCCUGCCACAGCAACAGUUGAGAUCCUGGAUCCCAGUGAUGAGUCGACCGUGUUCUUCCCUGAGCAGAUCCAUUCAGUGGAGGAAGAUGUUGGGGAGCUUUUCAUCCCGGUGCACCGCAGUGGAGACAUUAGCCAGGAGCUCAUGGUGGUGUGCUACACACAGCAGGGGUCUGCCUCAGGAACAAUUCCCACCACCGUCCUGUCUUACUCGGACUACAUCUCCCGUCCGGAGGAGCACGGCAGCGUCCUUCGCUUCGACAAGGGUGAGAGGGAGAAGCAGUGUCGCGUGGUGAUCAUCGACGACUCUCUGUACGAGGAAGAAGAGAGCUUCAAUGUGACUCUGUCGCUGCCCGUCGGGGGACGUCUGGGAGUGCACUACCCCACCACCAAAGUCAACAUCUUGGAAGAUAUGGAUGAUGCUCCAGUGUUUUACUUUGGAGAGUUAGAGUAUCACGUAGAUGAGAGUGAUGGACAUGUGGAGGUCAAAGUGUGGAGGACGGGAACUGAUCUGUCCAAGACCGGCACAGUCACCGUCCGCUCUCGCAAGGCCGAGCCUGUCUCUGCUGAGGCCGGUAUCGACUACGUGGGCAUCAGUCAUAACCUGGACUUUGCCCCGGGUGUCAGCAUGCAGACGUUCAAGGUCACCAUUCUGGAUGACCUAGGACAGCCACAGCUGGAGGGGACUGAGAGCUUUGAGCUGGUCUUACGUAUGCCAGUGCACGGCAUCUUGGGAGAGCCUGCGAAGGCUACAGUGUUCAUCAAUGACUCGGUGUCUGACUUGCCAAAGGUCCAGUUCCGCGAGCCGGUGUACACUGGAGAGGAGAGUGACGGUCAGAUCGCGGUGACAGUGUACCGCAGUGGUGACGUCAGCCACAAAUCCACUGUUCGCUGUUAUACCCGUCAGGGCUCUGCACAGGUCGCCUCUGACUUUGAUGAACGGCCAAACACAGAUGCAUCCAUCAUCGCUUUCUUACCAGGUGAGGCAGAGAAGUUGUGUAUUCUGUCACUAGUUGACGACACGCUGUACGAAGAAGGAGAAGAGCUGCGGUUGAUCCUAGGCAACCCAAAGAGCAACUCACAGUUUGGCGCAUCAGUGGGAGCUCUGAAUGAAACCCUGGUGAAAAUCAAGGACACAGCUGACAAACCCAUCAUCCGUUUUUUGGAAACCAAGUUCAGUGUUAGUGAACCAAAAGAGGCUGGCGCCAUGGCAACUGUGAGGAUCCCUGUAGUACGAGUGGGUGACACAUCAAAGGUGUCAGUGGUCCGCGUUCACACCAAAGACGGGUCAGCUGUCUCAGGAGAGGACUACUACCCCGUGUCUCAAGACAUUGAGUUCAAACAGGGGGAUAAGGAACAUGUGGUGGAGGUGGAGGUGCUAUUUGAUGGUGUCAGAGAGAUGAGAGAAGCCUUUACUCUGCACCUGAAGCCUGAUGAAAACAUGGUGGCUGAAACUCAGGUAACUAAAGCGAUAGUCUACAUCGAGGAGACCAACAGCAUGGCUGACGUCACCUUCCCCUCCUUGCCUCAUGUGGUGUCUCUCUUCCACUAUGACAAUGUCGCCAGGACGCCAGACAACCUCCACCCACCAGCCGGCUACCCUGUCAUCUGUGUGACAGCUUGCAACACAAGAUACCCAGACUACGACAAGACGGGCUCUAUCUGUGUCAGUGAGCAGAUCAACAACACCCUGACCCGCUACCGCUGGCUCAUCAGUGCCCCAGCUGGCCCUGAUGGCGUCACCAGUCCCAUGAGGGAGGUGGACUUUGACACCUUCUUUACCUCCUCCAAGAUGAUCACAUUGGACUCAGUCUACUUCCAGGCAGGCUCCAGGGUCCAGUGCGCUGCUAGGGCUGUUAAUUCUAAUGGGGAUGAAGGUUUAGAGCUCAGCAGUCCCAUUGUCACUAUCAGCCAGGAGGAAGGAAUGUGUCAACCGCGUAAGAUGGGGACAGUUGGCGCUGAGCCUUUCUCUGCCAAGCUACGCUAUACUGGAGCAGACGACCUGAAACAUCCCAACCUCAUCAAAGUGACUGUCACCAUGCCUCACAUAGAUGGCAUGCUCCCAGUAAUCUCCACUCGCCCUCUGAUGAACUUUGACCUGACUCUCAGUCCCGAUGGAACCCGGGUCGGAAACCACCGCUGCUCCAACUUGCUUGACUACAACGAGGUCACCACCGGUCACGGCUUCAUCACCGCCUCGACGCGUAGCCCUGAGAGCAUGGGAGACUCGGUGCCCUAUCAGUUCAGCGGCUCUCUGCGGGGGAACAGCACACUGCGCUUCUACAGAAACCUCAACCUGGAAGCCUGUCUCUGGGAGUUCACCAGCUACUACCACAUGUCUGAGCUGCUCACUGACUGCGGAGGCACCAUAGGGACUGAUGGACAGGUGCUGAACCUGGUCCAGUCCUACGUGACCCUGCGCGUCCCUCUUUACGUGUCGUAUGUAUUCCACUCCCCUGUGGGAACCGGUGGCUGGCAGCACUUUGACCUGCAGUCCGAGCUGCGCCUCACUUUUGUGUAUGACACGGCCAUUCUCUGGAAGGAUGGCAUCGGCAGCCCCCCACAGGCUGAACUACAGGGUAAUGUGUUUGUACUGUAUGUGUUUUUGCCAGGUGCAUUGUAUCCGACCAGCAUGCGUAUCAAUGACCAGGGACGUUUGGUGGUAAACUUCCGCACCAAGGCUCGUUUCAGGGGUCUGUUUGUGGAGUCUCAUUCUGGAGGAACCUCCAAGUCAUCCAUGGUGAUGAGCGUGGACCACCCCGGCCUGACCUUUAACCUCACCUUGAUGAGGAGUGAGCCCACCUACAACCAGCCAGUCCAGCAGUGGAUAUUCACCUCUGACUUCGCUGUGAGAGACUACUCUGGGACCUACACAUUGAAGCUGAUCCCCUGUACAACAGCCCAGAAUAUGGAGUACACUGUUCCACCUGUUUGCAGUCCCAGAGAACCAGUCACCUUCGACCUAGACAUCAGAUUCCAGCAAGUGAGCGACCCGGUUGCAGUGGAAUUCAGUUUGAACACUCAGAUGUUCUUGUUGUCCAAGAGGAGCCUGUGGCUUUCUGAUGGCUCCAUGGGUUUCGGUCAGGAGAGUGACGUGGCCUUUUCUGAGGGUGAUACGAUCUAUGGCCGUGUGAUGGUGGACCCUGUUCAGAACCUGGGAGACUCUUUCUUCUGUAACAUUGAGAAGGUGUUCCUCUGCACUGGUGCUGACGGAUAUGUACCAAAGUACAAUCCGACCAAGUUUGAAUUUGGCUGCCUGGCUGACUCUCCGUCUCUGCUUUAUAGAUUCAAGAUUGUUGACAAGGCUCAGCCAGAGACUCAGGCGCGUGUGUUUGGUGAUAUCAGUUUUAACGCUGUGCUGGCAGUGGAUGAUCCAUCAGCUAUGUCCCUUGUCAGACAGCCAGGGUCUGAUGGCUUUAGACUGGACUCUACAGCCAUGUUCCAGGUUGCUGCAGGCCGUGAGUGGUACAUUCACACCAUUUACACAGUCCGCUCCAAAGAGAAUGCUAACAGGGGCAUUGGAAAGCGCAGCCUAGAGUACCACUCCUUGGCUGCCACAAGCAACGAUCUCACCUUGACUCCAUCAAGUGGCAAAGGUCAUCGCUCCAGGAGGUCGGCUGGCAAUGAGGUCCCAGAGCUCGCCGAGGAUAUCGGAGCAGGCAACAACCGUGGUACCAAUAUCAUGCACAUUGCUUUGGACCGCACCAAGCGGCAGGAAGGGGGGUCGAAUGAAGUGUUUGCCCAAGGGUUGGAAUCUAGUGAGCUGAGCGCAGAGGAGGAAGAGGAGGGUCUGGUGACCGUGGUGGGGGCACUGGUGGGGCUUCUGCUGACUGUCCUCAUCAUUGUCACCACCGUACUUGUUCUGAAAUCCAGACAGAAGGAUGUCAAGGAGGGGUGGAGGGAGGGGGUGCAGGAGGUAGUGAAAGGGUCUGUCAGUACGGAGCCCAUGCUGGUGGUGAGGAUGCAAGACUGCCACAACAGCUCAGAGGUUUGAGAAAUGGAUGCAUGGAUGGACAGAUGGACAAAGGGAUGAGGAGUAUAUGGGAGCUUUUAUAAAAUUUUUGAUUUUCUUUUUUUUUUUUUCUUUUUUUUAACUGGUAUUAAAUUACUUUCAUAACACCAAAAAUCUUAGAUUGAUCAUAUGUGUUAUUAGAUGUGUGUGUGCCUGUUUGUGGGGGGAUUUCUACAGUAUUGGAUCCAUUACGCACCUUGAUCACUGCAACAGAAAACAGCACAAUAGUCCUAUACACUGUCUUCACUUAACAUUCCAACUUGUGCUGCUGGUAGCAUUGUAUUUCCAUUCUCUGUUACUGGUUUUAUGGUGUUGAAGUGCCUGAGGCAGCUAUGUACCUUCAGGACAGUCCCAGUCACGGAGAGCACUUUUCUAAUAAAGCUAGUUUCACGCAGACCAAGUAUGAGAUCUAGUGGCGCAGGUGUACCUGGGGUAAAGGGGACUAGAUGAUGUCAGUGUUCAUAUUGAAAGGAGCAGUUCACCUCAAAAAGAACACUCAGAUAUUAUCGACCUGCCCUUGUGUCAGACAAAACUUCACUGAAGUUUGUGAGCCCUGGUACUUCCGUUCUAUCUCCUAAAACAUAGAUGGUAACAAGAAGAUCUUUUCUAAAGCUUGCAAAAGAUAAACUAGAUUUCUGCACACAUAUUGUGUGGCAUUUUCUAAGUAUUUCGUAGCUUACGAUUGCAUUAUGGAUACAAAAGUCCAGUAUUUAUGCAAUAAUCUCACUGUGUGUCCUCAAAGUUGUUCUAAACUCCAUCCAUUGCCAGAGGAUUAUAUCAUUUAGGAAAGUAUUGGGGAUUGAAAGAUAAAAAUUGGACUUAUUAUAAAUAUUGAACCCAGAGCCUAAAUGAAAAUACUGUCAAUUUAUGUUCCUUCUGGGCUGAACUGUGCCUUUAGGCGUACAAUUUUGUCCUGAAAUAUUUGCUGGGACAGUCAUUCUGGAUUACAUGAUGUGUAUUGAAAAACAUAAACACAAGGUGCCACCAUCUGUUUCUUACCUGUGAAAUAAACCUGCAUAGCUCUCUUAACGGACUAUAGGAGAUGAAAAUCACUGCUGUCAGAAUUUAUGUUUAUUAACCAGCUGAACCUUUUAUUCAUUCACCGUGUCUACUGUUCUUUGGUUUGUUUUCCAUAUGAUGAGGAAUGUUUAGCUUGAUCAUUUCUGUUUCUGCUGAGUAGGGUUGUUCACAUAGUUUUUUUUCCUCAUUUUGUGUAUUUUUGUAAACUCAUGUGUUUACUCUGUCACUCGUUUACAGUUCACCGUGGCUUAUUUUACCACACUGUUUACUGCUAUCCAUCCUUGCAGUGUUGUUGCUCCACUGUGUGUUUCUGUAAUAUGGCCAAAUUUACUCAUUGGGCAUUAUUUUUUUUAUUUUUAUUUUUUUUAAAUAACACUGGUUAAAGUAUGUUUGUAUAAAGACACUCAUCUCAGGAGUUAUUUAUUUUCCGGAGAAUGGGCUGUGUGUUGUUACACAAUUUACCACUGUUGACUGAAGAAAAUCUCUAGUGUGCCCCUUUCAACUUCUGUGUUACACUGCUAGUAAGUGUGGUGCUGCGAACAUGCACAUACUAUAUCCAUAUCCAAUGACUUGACCCUUGUUCUGCUCACAUUAUGUUCCCGUAAGCUUCUCUUUUGUCACUAGUGCUGUGUGGGAUUUCCGUGUUCUGACUCAUGUUUUCGAACAAAGGAUGCAAAUAAAAUAGCUGCUUACAGAUCAGUAUGCCACCAUGAAAAACAUUAUGUUUGGGACAUCUAAUAUAAUCUGCUAUCUCAUUAUUUCGUUGAUGUCAUUGGUGAAAUUUCUUGUUUACAUGUGUUGUUAAACCUGUGUCUCACUCUGCUAUGGAUAUACAACAUGCUUAGAUCAGUGUUCCUGAAUAUUUGUCUUAUUUUGGUGUUGUGAGUCAUCACUGUGUACUUAUUUCCAAUACUUAUCACGGUCAGCUGAUGUGAUGAACAUGAGCUAAUAGUCUGCGGAAACCUGGCUGUGAUUUUUAUUUUGGCCCUGAUGAGUUUGGAAAUAGCACCGUAUCUGACAUCGAAUGCACUUUUAAAGUCACAUCCCUCACAUGCCAAUCCAAGCUAUGCAAUGUAAUGUAUAACCCACAGCCAGUUAUCCCCAUGUAUAUGACAAUUUUAGCACAAACAGUCAAACAGGAUAUUCACUUUGUGUCUUUUUAUGAUUGGGUUUUUAUGUAUAUGUAUUUAAGAAUAAACAUCGUUGCUUACUGGUAGGUUGUUGAUUUAAU